AUGGACUAUGAGAGGAUAGAGAAAGUUCAGACUGGAAUAAUUUCUCCUAGUAAACUUCGGAUGAAGUUAUUAGGGGCUAGAAAGAAAGAUGGAUCCAACAGUAACUCUUCUAGAACCUCCCCUGCAAGGCUCGAGGAUGCUGAAUUUGUCGAUAGCUUACUUUCCUCCAACAUUGACAACCUCCAUGAUGAAGUUGCUUCUCCGAGUUUAGAUGUUGUUGCGGCAUUAAAGCCAUUGAGUGAUGCAGUGCUGGAGCGGAAACAGAAUGGGCAGUUUUUGAAUGAACCAAAGGAGACAAUGCCUAGGGAAAACAGUGACACGGGGCGCGUAAAGAUGCAGCACUUUCAUAAAGUUGACACUGGAAGUUCGAGCACAAUUCAUCCGGUGAGGUCAAUAGAAGAUGAUAAUCUUGAUUAUGACAGCCAAGCUAGCUCGUCGAGUUUUGAGUUUGAUAAAGGAGAGAGACCGGUGAGCAAUCAUGUAACUAGAUCUCUGUUAAGGCCUAUUCCUUCUAAGUGGAACGAUGCCGAGAAAUGGAUAAUGAAUCGGCAACAUAUGCAACCUAGUUACUCGAAAAAGAACAACGUACAUAGCCAAGCAAAUCGUUUACCAAUAAGUAUGGCGAGGGUUGUUCCAGAGUCCGGAAAUUUUGAUCAUAAGCUCCUAACGAGCAAGGUUACUGAAACAAAACGAGUUGAUUACUGUCAACCACAUACGGGAUUUGAGAAAUUCUCUUUUGUUCCGUCCGAUGCUCAUUCGGUUUCAGGCCAAGCACAUGGAAAAACUCCAGUAGUGGAAUCGUUUCCCCAAAGCAAAGAUUUAAAGGAAGUAAAUGAAGUUGAUUUACCGUGCACAACUAUAGAUGAUCAAACAGCGAUUCCUGGUAUAAGAUCUGUAGCAAUGAGAGACAUGGGAACCGAGAUGACCCCGGUGCCAAGUCAAGAACCUUCGCAGACAGCUACUCCUGUUGGGUCAGCAACUCCAAUACGCAGCCCGAUUUCAUCGACGCCUUCAACUCCUAGGAGAGGUGCACCAGCUUCAACGCCUUUGGGCAACACAACUGAUGAGGAUGGCAGCAAAAGGCAAUUGUCUGAAGAAGAAGUGAAGAUUAAAACCAGGAGAGAGAUCGCAGCACUAGGUGUGAAGCUAGGGAAGAUGAAUAUUGCGGCGUGGGCAAGUAAAGAUGACCACAACAAUGAAAAAUAUUCUGCUCACGACACACACACUCAAGAACAGGAGAGGAUCGAAUUUGAGAAACGCGCUGCUUCGUGGGAGGAAGCUGAAAAAUCUAAACAUGCUGCAAGAUUUAAGCGCGAAGAAAUCAAAAUUCAAGCAUGGGAGAGUCAGCAAAAGGCCAAAUUAGAAGCUGAAAUGAGAAGGACAGAGGCCAAAGUUGAGCAAAUGAGAGCCCAAACACAUGCAAAAAUGGUGAAAAAGAUUGCUAUGGCGAGGCAAAGAUCAGAAGAAAAGCACGCAGAAGCCGAAGCUAGAAAAAAUAGAGAAGCAGAAAGAACUGCAGCGCAAGCAGAAUACAUACGGCAAACAGGGAAAAUGCCGAAUUCGAAUUACAUUACAUGUUGUGGCUGGCUGUGA